CGUCACUGGGCAACGAUCAACACCUCAAAGGAUGGGCCCGGUUUGUUAACAACUGUAUUUGCAAAAGGAUCGGGGACUGAUAGGGACGUCAGUCCCUGCAAAGGACUGCAGCACUCACCACAGUGCUACAGGUCUGUGUCACGGCCACCCAGGGCUGUGCCGCUGGGCACCAUACCCCUGCGGAACCAUGCCCUGGCGCCCGUCUCUGCGCAGAGCUGAAAUAAAGCGCUGUCUGGGCUCCGCGCGAGGAUGGGCUCGCACACGGGCACCAGUCUGCGUUUCGGACCACAGGCCGGGCUGAGCCGGGGCCCUGCGAGCGUGGCGCGGCCGGUGGCAGCGGGGCAGGAAGUGGCGCAGGGGCGGAAGCCGCCAGCCCCGGCUGUACCCCGGGCUCUGCGCAACGGCUGCCACUUGCUCUGCAGCUCCAGCCGCCAUGGCGAUGCCUGGCGCCUUCCUCGCGCCCCUUCUCCUCCUCCUCUUCUCGCUGGGCCCCUACCCUGCUGCUGCCCGCAGCUCCUCAGGGGUGGAGUGUGUCCUCUUCAAUGAGGAGUACAUGACCUGCACAUGGGGGAACAGAGAGACGCUCACAGCCAACUACUCCCUCUACUACUGGUAUGAGAACAAGUCCCCAGUAGUGGAGUGCAAGCAUUACCUGCAGGACCAGGGCAUCAACGUCGGCUGCCACUUCAACCAGAGCGAGAUCACCCAGUUCCAGCCCUUCCGUGUCCUGGUCAAUGCCAGCCUUGAUGGCAAGACCCUGGAGAUCCCCAGUGAGCGCAUGGAACUGCAGGACCUGGUGAAACCAGAGGCACCCGUCAACCUGACCAUCCACAACAUGAGCAACAACCAGCUGCAGCUGACCUGGACCUCCCUGUACCCCAAAGCCCAGUGCCUGGAGCACGCCGUCAAGUACAAGAGCAACAAGGACACCAGCUGGAUGGAGCACCGGGUGAAUGGAGACGUUUUCUCCUUCCCCAGCGUGGACUAUGAGAAGUUUUACACCUUCUAUGUGCGCAGCAAGAUCAACAGCUACUGCGGCAGCACCCAGCUCUGGAGCGAGUGGAGUGUCCCUGUGGUUUGGGGCAGCAACACCAAUGGCAAGGGUGCGGCAGGGGAGCAACUGCACUGGUUCUGGAUCCAUACAGUGCUGAUCUCCGUUGCCUCCUGCCUGCUCUUGCUGGUCCUUGUCAUCCUGCUGGUGCGCAUGGAAAGGGUGUGGGUCAUCCUCAUGCCUCGAAUCCCCAACCCCAGCAAGAACUUUGAUGAGCUCUUCAUCACCCACAACGGCAACUUCCAGGAAUGGGCUGGAGUCCCCAAAGACGUCAUGGAGAGCUUCAAACCCAACUACAGCGAGAACAUCUGCCACGUGAGCGAGCUGCCUCCCAAGGACAGCUACGAGCAUCUCUGGGAAAGCAGCAACCCCUCACCAUUGCUGCUGCCCGGGACCCCAGCUUCCCCCCACAAGCACAGCCCCUACAAGAACAGCUGCAUGGGAGUGUGAUGCACUCCUGCCUCCCCCCCCGCCCCGCACCCCACGCCCCCGCUGCCCCACAGAUGCUGCUUGCGGGAUAACGGAAAUAAACGUUCCCUUUACAGCUCA